AAUGAAUUAAGAAAUCUUCAAAAGUGAUAAUUAGAAAGUAUCAUAAUUAUAGGGAGCCAGUUCAGGAAAGAAUUUAUUUACUUCAGAAACUAAAUAAAUCAUUACUUAAGUAAAUGUUUUUUUUAUACUUAGCAACCAGUGAUUGAAUAUUCUUAACAAAGAACACUAAUCUAAUCUUAAAAUGAAGCUAACUUGAAACAAACCUAAUAAAUGCCACCACAAAGAAUUUAAAGUCAAAAUGUCUUAAGAUAAAAUAUGUAAAUUCCUUAAGUGUCAUAUCCAGGUACUUAUAGUGUACAGUAAAAUUGUUAAUAACCACCACCUUUAUGCAUGAAUAUAGUAGUGGUAUCUAAAGAAGAAAUAGAAACUCCUUGGAGAUUAGAAUGUGAAUAUCUUUAAUCAAUUAUUGCUGAUUUAGAAAGAAGAAAAGAAGCAAAAAUAGUUGAGAAGGUAGUAAUAGAGAAAGUGACUGAUAACACUCGAGUAGAGUAAUUAGAAUCUUAAUUACGUUCUUUAAGAUAGGAAAAUGAAUAUCUUAAAAGUUAAAUGAUUCAAAUGAAAAAUAAUUAUGAAUCUUAAUUAGAGAAUUUACGUGGUGAUAUUUCUUUACAUAGUGCUAAUGCUGCUGAUGCAAAUUCUAUGUAAGCAGAAUUCUUUGCAAUGAGAACCUAAUUAGAAGACUAGAUUGCAAGACUAAGAAGACAAUUAGCUGAUCUAGAAAAUCUUUAUGCUCAAUCCUAAAGUGAUAAUGAUAGAUUAAAAUAAUCUAAUUAAAAUAAAGAUGCAGAAAUUUAAUAAUUAAGAUUAUAAUUAUCUAAAUUGUAGACAAGUGCUCAGGAUACAAGUUAAGUGAGAGAUUUAGAAAAUUAAUUGAGAUAAGCCAGAGAAGAAAUUUCCAGAUUAGAAAGAUAAUUGCAAUAAGCUAAUCAAGAUAUUAUGAAUUGGAAGAGUAAGUAUACAACAAUAGAACAGGAAUCAUAUAGUAAGAAUAAUGAACUCAUAAUGUAAUUGAGAGAUUUAGAAGUAAUACAUAAUAUGUUAUUUUUAGAAUAAAUUAGCCAUGAUUACUGUUGAAAUGGGUAGAUUAUAAUUACAAUUAUAAAAUAAAGAUUCAGAGCUUGAAGAUUGGAAAUAUAGAUACACAUCAUUAGAAUCAUAAGGAACAACUGUAAUUUAAGAAAAAGUGACAUAUUUAUCAUAAGAAGUGGAAGUUUGGAAAUAAAAGUUUAUAAAAUCUAAUCAUGAAUAUAAUAAAUGUUAAGAAGAGUUAACGAUGUGUUAAGCUGAAUUGGAAUCUUUAAGAAAAAGUGGAUAGAAGAAAGUUUAUUAAUAUAUAUAUUCUAGGAAGUAGUAGUGACCUAAAGAACAGUUACUUCAAGAACAGGUAAUACUUUAUCUGUUACAGGUACAACUGGAUCAUAAUCCUAAAUAAGAAGAACUGGUUAGUAAGAGUGAUA